UAUUCAUGUGAUGUCAUUUGUGAAUGCUGAGACCAAAAUCUGGUGAUUGGAAGAUUUGCUUUUCCAUGAAGAGAAAGAGAAUAAAAGACGAGCAGAAAACAGAAGAAUAUUGAAAUUCAAUCAUGGGUUUUUCUAAAGACAAUCUGACGGGGUUUAUUUUAGCUCUGCUUUCCAGUGGAUUCAUAGGUGCCAGUUUCAUCAUCAAGAAAAAAGGCCUGAGAAGAGCUGCUGCAGCCUCUGGUGUCAGGGCUGGUAUGGGUGGACAUGCUUACCUCUUGGAGCCCCUCUGGUGGUUUGGCAUGAUCACGAUGAUUGUUGGAGAGGUUGCCAAUUUUGUGGCUUAUGCAUUUGCCCCUGCUGUUCUUGUUACACCCCUUGGUGCAUUAAGUAUAAUUGUCAGUGCUGUAUUGGCUCACUUUAUCUUGAAGGAGAAGUUGCACAAGCUUGGGAUUUUGGGUUGUGUCAUGUGCAUUGCUGGCUCUGUCAUAAUUGUCAUUCAUGCACCACAGGAACGGUCCAUCUCAUCCAUUCAACAAAUUGUGAAUAUGGCAACUCAACCUGCAUUCUUGCUUUACGUGGGAUCAGUGAUGGUUUUGGUGUUUAUUCUUAUCUUCUAUUUUGCACCUCAAUAUGGACACACAAAUGUGCUCAUCUUCACUGGCAUUUGUUCGCUCAUGGGUUCUCUCUCGGUUAUGAGUGUAAAAGCCCUUGGAACAGCACUGAAAUUGACAUUCGAGGGAAAGAAUCAGCUGAUCUACCUGGAAACCUGGUUUUUUAUGUUUGUUGUGGCAACUUGUGUCAUCACUCAGAUGAAUUAUCUCAACAAGGCACUUGACACCUUCAAUACUGCAAUUGUCUCUCCCAUAUAUUAUGUCCUGUUCACAACACUCACAAUUGUGGCCAGCAUUAUUAUGUUUAAGGAUUGGGAUGGUCAAAGUGCUGGUAGCAUCAUAUCAGAAAUCUGUGGUUUCAUUGUUGUUCUCUCGGGUACGAUCUUAUUGCACGUGACCAAGGAUUUUGAGAGAAGCUCUUCUUUUAGAGGCAAUGCAGGAAACUACACACCUUUGUCGCCUACAUUGUCUACACGACUAUGUAGUGGAAAUGGGGAAUCACUAAAGCAUGAUGUGGAAGAAGGGCCAUCCUCUGAGGAAUAUUUGCAGAUUGGUUACUUCCAAGUUCACCCUCGAUGUUGUGACAAUUUGCUGAAGCUAUUGGCAUCAGGUAAUUUUUGCAGCUGUUGGAAGACAAUCAAGUUAACCUUUUGAUUCUCAACGAUUGACGGAUUGAGUGGAUGGAAAAAAACUCAAUGCUGAUUCCUUCAGAGUGUGAAACUGUUCGGUUUCUUUUAAUCAAUGGCUCGACAAGAUUCUAGGGCUAGAUUGGAGAAGUCAGCAAGCAGAGAUCACUGCUGAGGAAUUACAUCAUCUGAAGCAUUCGUGCCGGGAACCAAUUUUUAUGGCAGCUUGUGGCAGAUGCAGAUGGUAUAGAACUUCCAAUACAUUUUUAUGGUGUUUUUCGAACAAUAACAUAUGAGAAAUGAGCAGGUAUAGCAUUGGUUAAUGUAUAUCAUUCUUUGAAGAAAUAGUUCUGCAUAGGAUUGUCAUUUCGCUCU